CUUCUUUGUUCUUAGCCUAAUAAAUACUACCUCUAGAAACAACCAAAAAAAAAAAACAAAUCUACCCACCAUACUUCAAAAAUUCUUCCAAGAAAGUAUCUCAUAUCUCAUGGUUAUUCCAAUAUUCAAAUCAUGAAAAUGGGUCCAUCUCAAAUUCCCAAAACAUUCUCUAUGUUUUUCCUAUUUCUAGCUUCUUCAUUCCCCAUUCUUGGAUUAUCAUCAAAUGAACUCACAAACUUUGUGUACAAAGGCUGUGCUAACCAGAAAUUCCAAGACCCAUCUGGGAUUUACUCACAAACACUAAACACCCUUUUUGACAACUUGAUUUCUCAAUCUUCUUCCAAUAAGUUCUACAAAACCACCACCGGUAAUGGCCAGUCAGCAAUUUCCGGUCUUUUUCAAUGCAGAGGCGAUCUUUCAAGCGAUGUCUGUAACCAUUGUGUUAAGAAAAUCCCGGAUAUGUCUAGGAAGCUGUGUGGUCAAUCUAUUGCUGCUAGGAUUCAGCUUAAUGGGUGUUAUUUGAGGUAUGAAAUGGUGGGGUUUCAGACGAUUGGGGCUACUGAGUUGCUGUUCAAGGUAUGUGGGGAAAAUCAGGCGAGUGGAGCUGGGUUUGGUGAUAGGCUUGAUACAGCUCUAGGAGAAAUAGCUAAAGGGGUUUCGAGUGGGAAUACUGGGUUUUACGCAGGUGGAUAUCAGUCGGUGUAUGUUUUGGGUCAGUGUGAAGGUGAUUUAGGAAGUGGGGACUGUGUGAACUGUGUGAAAAAUGGUGCUGGCAGAGCUAAAAGUGAAUGUGGGAAUUCAAUUUCUGCACAAAUUUAUCUGCAACAGUGCUACAUUAGCUACACUUAUUAUCCCAAUGGUGUGCCCAGUAAAUCACUAUCUCCCUCAGGAACAAGACAGAAUACUCAAAAGACUAUUGCUAUAGUCUUGGGUGGACUGGUUGGCGUGGGGUUAGGAGUUGCUUGUUUGCUAUUUACAAGAUCAGCAUUCAAGAAAAAGGGUUAUUCUAAGUAUGGAGGAUAAGGUCACAUAUAGCUAAAAGGAAUGACAAAAUGGGCAGAGAUUUUGAGGUGGCUUUGUAGAAAAGACAAAGUGUAAAGUUAGGUUGCAUGAUUGGCCUUAUAUAUAUAUAUAUAUAUACUGUAAAGAAGGAGGUGUGGUGAUGAAGGAAAGGAAAUUCUGCUUUUUGUGCUUUAUUAUGGCUCCAAUUUCCCACUAUUUUCCUUCUUAACCAAGUUUUGGUCCUAUUUUUUCUCUUUAAAACUUUUGAAGUGCAAGUAGAAGUAAUUGUGGUAAAUUAAACUUAAAAAGAGUUGUUGUCUCUGUUAGACUAAAGCACUAGGCAUUGAUUGUAGUAGUGUUUCUUUUCUUUUUCCUGAAAUCUUUU